AUGGCAUCUGUAAUGAUGUCCGAUGCGCCAACACCAGACUUUGGAAAUUCUUCAAGAGCUGGAACUCCAAAGGCUCGUAGACAUAGGGGGUCUUCAGCAUCUGGUAGACCAAGAGGUCCCCCAUCUGAGAGCGCUGGUGCUAUGAGUGAUGAUGAAGGUUUCGCAGAUGAUGCUAUUCCACAAAAUACUAACCGUCCGAGGAAGAGUGAUAGGCCAAUACCAAGAGUGGAGGAUGCGAUUGGGCAAUAUGUACAACUCACAUUUGAAGAAUUUCUUGAGUCAUAUGUUGAAGAUCCAAUACUCUCCGGCGCAACUCCUUCAUCUGCGAUGACCACCGAUAAAUACUAUAUUGCGCAAAUUCAUGGGCUGAGAACAUAUCAAUUGUCUACUUUAUAUGUCGAUUAUACACACCUCUCUUCAUACAAAGGUGGCGCAUUGGCAGAGGGUAUCGUUGAAGAAUACUACAGAUUCCUACCAUUCCUUACGAAGGCUUUACACAACAUGAUCGCCAAAUACGAACCGAGAUAUUUCAGAGAUCAUCGUCAGCCCACUGCAUCGAGUAAUCAAACUUCAUCUGGGGCAAGCAAUGCCGCAUCUGCAAGUCAAUCCGAUUUCCAAGGAGACAAGACCACAAAUCAACAAACGGAUAAAUUGUUUGCAUUAGCCUUUUAUAACUUGCCUUUAGUUACUCGAGUACGUCAUUUGAGAACUGCAAACAUUGGACAACUUCUAUCUAUCUCUGGCACCGUUACGAGAACUUCGGAAGUCCGACCUGAACUCUCUCUAGCCACUUUCAUAUGCGAAAACUGCAAAAAUGUUGUACCAAAUGUCGAACAAACCUUCAGGUAUACCGAACCUACACAAUGUCCGAAUUUGGAGUGUAACAAUCGUCAAGCAUGGAGACUAGAUAUCAGACAGAGUACAUUUGUGGAUUGGCAGAAAGUUCGUGUGCAGGAGAAUAGUUCGGAAAUCCCUACUGGAAGUAUGCCAAGAACUAUGGAUGUUAUUCUUCGUGGAGAAAUUGUCGAUCGUGCGAAGGCUGGAGAGAAAUGUAUUUUCACGGGUGCUCUUAUUGUGGUUCCCGAUGUUAGUCAACUUGGUUUACCUGGUGUUCGACCAAUGGCGAUUAGAGAUACACAAAAUCGAAGUGGCGAUGCAAGCGGUGUCACUGGAUUGAAAGCGCUCGGUGUAAGAGAUCUUACAUACAGACUUGCUUUCUUGUCAUGCAUGGUUACACCCGAUACUUCCACCCAGGGGGCAGCAGCAAAUCAACAACUCAACGGACAAUCCAAUAAUAUUCUCGCAUCCCUUAAUCAAACGGCUCCUAUUGACCCUAACGAGCCUGGAGAUCAUGCCCAGGAAGCUGUUCUUGCAUCCAUGACACAUGCCGAAAUUGAGGAUCUCAAAGAAAUGGUUCAUUCAGAUCACAUCUACUCACGUCUCGUCAAUUCACUCGCUCCCAUGGUCUACGGACAUGAAAUUGUUAAGAAAGGUCUUCUCCUUCAACUUAUGUCCGGUGUUUCCAAAGUUACCCCGGAAGGAAUGCAACUUAGGGGUGAUAUCAAUAUUUGCAUUGUUGGUGAUCCCUCCACCUCGAAAUCUCAAUUCCUCAAAUAUGUUUGCUCUUUUCUUCCUCGAGCUGUCUAUACAUCUGGAAAGGCCUCCUCGGCUGCGGGUCUCACAGCUGCUGUAGUCAAAGACGAGGAGACAGGAGAAUUCACUAUUGAAGCUGGAGCACUGAUGUUAGCAGAUAAUGGUAUUUGUGCUAUUGAUGAGUUCGAUAAAAUGGAUAUCAGUGAUCAAGUCGCCAUUCACGAAGCUAUGGAACAACAGACCAUUUCCAUUGCCAAAGCAGGUAUCCAAGCCACGUUGAAUGCUCGAACCUCGAUCCUCGCAGCUGCAAAUCCAGUAGGAGGAAGGUACAACCGAAAGACGACAUUGAGAGCUAAUAUUAACAUGAGCGCUCCUAUUAUGUCGCGUUUCGAUUUGUUCUUUGUGAUUCUGGAUGAAUGCAACGAAACUGUGGAUCGCCAUCUAGCAGAACAUAUUGUAGGGAUCCAUCAACUUCGUGACGAAGCAGUGCAGCCCGAAUUCACGACCGAGCAACUCCAGCGCUACAUCCGUUUCGCCAAAACCUUUAAGCCAGAGUUCACGGAUGAAGCUAAAGAAUUACUGGUACAAAAAUACAAAGAACUGAGGAAUGAUGAUGCUCAAGGGGGCGUUGGUAGAAACAGUUAUCGCAUUACAGUCAGACAAUUGGAGAGUAUGAUUCGAUUAAGUGAGGCUAUUGCAAAGGCGAAUUGUGUUGAGGAAAUCACCGAGCCGAUGGUUGUUGAAGCCUUUAAUCUUUUGAGACAGAGUAUCAUCAGUGUUGAGAAGGAUGAUGUUGAGGUUGAUGAUGAUGAGGAGGAAUUACCAGCUCCAGCUGCGAAUGAUGAUGCAGAUGACGCCAUGGAUGAAGAUACCCAGGACGUCAAUGAAAGUGUACCGCCAGCUGAAGGAGAUGGAAGACAAAAGACAAAGAUUACUUAUGACAAAUACAUUGGAGUGGUCAACCUAUUGGUUAGGAGGAUCAAUGAAGAUGAGUUGGGUAGCGGUGAAGGGGUGGAGGGAGAGAAGUUGGUAGAGUGGUAUUUGGAGCAGAUCGAAGGUGAUCUAGCUGAUGAAGAGGCAUAUCAUGAAGAAAUGAAAUUGUGUAAAAAGAUUAUCAAGAGGAUGCUUAAGGAAAAUAUUUUGAUGGCAAUUCGUGGGCAAGGAUUGGUUGAUCAGGAUAACACGAAUGGGGAGGGCAGUUCGAGGUCAGAGGAAUCAGUUGUUUAUGUAUUACAUCCUAAUUGUGCGGUGGAAGAAUUUUAA